GUUUUGGUUUUUGUGACUGUCAGUUGAAAUGCUGAAUCUUCUAGCUGUCAUGGCCUCCUGAACUACACAGAACCUUCCACACUCUCAUGUCCUGAACACACGACGGCUGAGGACGGGUCUCCUUUCACAGUUCUAAGGUUCUAUACUCAUGAAGGACUGAUUUUUCUCAGUUUGUUUUUUUUUAAGGGUGUCCUCACCCUCAGGCAGUGCUGCUGCCUUUUUGAGUGGUUUUGGUUUACAUAUCAAACCUAGUUACACAGAAAAAUGCAAUAAGUCUAGCUGUGAAGGACCAGUAGAAGAGAACAUUAAAACCAUCCAUUGCUUUGAAUUUUCACCUAUACUUAGAAAUCUGCUAGUAGAACACUCAGCCUAUCUCCAGAUUAGAGUGGACACACUGGAAGUGUGAACAGAGAAUCAGGGGUCAGAAUUGGUUUGGCAGCAUGUUACCCAUUUGCUGUGUAUGACAACUCUAUUUUUGGCCGACACGUAUCCCGAGUAAACUGUCAGAACAAGCUUUUUAUGUCAGUGAAUUGUCUUAAAUAGUCACCGUUUAAGCAAACUUGCAACUUGUGUGUGAAAACAUCAAGUUAUAUUGACUUUUUUUCCUUCAUUCUAAGCAAACUUCCACCAUAAGAAAAUCAUAUAUAUUAAAAUGUUUUAAUAUAAUUUUAAAGGACAGGUCUUAGCAGAGGUAUCAGUGACUCUACACAGAGUUGUAUCACAUCAAACAGUAUUCCAGUGCAUUGUAUACUGUUACAUGAUGUCACAUUUAUUUCCACUGUUUGAACUCAACAGCGGUGCAUUUAAAGGAGCACUCCACCAUACGAUCACAUGACUUCUCCAUGUCCCUCCAGAAAAUCAAUGCAGGUAUUUUUAUGGACUGUAAUUGCAUUUUAAAGAUUGUUUAAACCUUGAAUUUGGCUGGUUUGGCAUCUCCUCUUCCAGUGGUGAUAGUUUGAGAAUUUAAAAUAGAUUUAAGGACUUAAAAAUAGAUCAAAUUAUUUAUUGUAAAAAAAAAAUAUCAAUCAAAUGUCAUCCCAAGAUCGCAGGAGAUACCCUAGAGACAUGAGAUGUGUACUGUUUCCUGACGACUCCAAAGACACUACAACAAAAGUGAGAAAAACGCCCCCUGUCAGUGCCCCAACUGUCAGCAGGUCAUGGGAGCGGUGUGGGGACAGUUUUGUGGACACAUCAGUGGUCAAGGUGGAGAGUCGCAGUGUGCAGACAGACACAGAUGAGGUUCCCGCUGUUGAUUCAGAGAGUGAUACAGAGGAUUCCCAGUCAAAGGAGCAGGCAGAGUCUUCCAGUGCAGAGAUCUCAGACUACCCCUCUGAUGAGGAUCCUGUUUCUAAGGAAGAGAGGGCGGCCUGCAGUCGACCGGACACUUCCCUGGGGGAGGCCACCAAGACGUCUGUCAGUGACUGGCUGCGAUAUGCACAAACAGUGCUGCAGACACCCCAGAAAAAUACAGACAGAAACUACAAAACCCCAGAGGAUUCUGGGAAAAAGAGACAGAAAUUUGAAAGGGGGGGUCUUGCAGAGAGACUGAAUAGACUCCAGUGUAGACAGAGAUCAGCUGUAAGUUUCUGGAGACACCAGGCUCCAUCAAAUUCAAGCACAGCACCAAUUCAGAGAUCUGACAUGCUGGCUCUAAGAGCCCAGUGGAUACAACAGGACUGUGGAAUGCAUGUUGCUGUCUGUGACAGAGCUGAUAAUCCGAACCAACCUGGUCAGGACAGGUCCAGUCAGUGCCUGGUGCUCUUUAACCAGGACACAGCCAAGCACCUGACUCCAUCGCCUGGAGACCUCAUCCACGUCUACCCACCAUGGCAGACGCUGAUUGUGGAAGGACAACAUCAUGCCGUCGUCCUUAGCGCACUCUUCAGUCAGAAAGUGGUGUUGAAAGGAGAGCGUGUGAACGGGGCCAAAUCAAGUGCUCCAGUCACACAGUCCAAAUGUGCACCUUACCCCCUGACCAGAUGCCUCAGGCCACUGGAUGACCGCCAGACCUCAGCUCACGAGGAGAUCUCAAACACACAGACUGGACUGGUCGCAGGUGAGGGGGGCGUAGACUGGUGGGGCCCGACGAGAGCCUGUGACAGUCUGCUGCAGGCGCUGGAGUGUGCGGACCAGAGUGGCAUGCUCACCUGCCCUGUGGAGGUGAUGGUACAGAGGGUGUACUGUGUCCCUCUUCCACAGCCCACUGCCCUGGCCACCUUCAGAAGCCAACGCCUCAACAGACCUCUGUCAGAACCCUCACCACAAAAACACAUUGGCAGGUUGUGUGCCCUGGUGCAGGAUGUUCAGGGUGUUUUCAGUGAGGUCUUGCUGAGCAGUGUGUGUUCAGCAGAGGACUGGCUGUGUUUGGCUGAGCAGUGGCAGGGUAAAGCAUGUAUGCUCCAGGCUGUGAAAGUGAUCCAGAGGAUCACGCGUGACAGGUAUGCCCAGCUCUUCAGUUUGAUGGACAGCUUGUGGCAGCCUGUGUCUGUGGCAGCGGUUGCUAGGGAAACCACAGGCUUUGAAUAUAGCAAACUCCCAGCCCUGAGUUUCUGUUACCGUUUGUCAGGUGACCAGGAUAGUGUGGUUCCUCUACCCCAGAACCAGCGUCCCAUUUCCUCUUUGUAUUGUCCGCCAGUGACCCACAGUCUGAGAGAGAUUAUACAGGCAUCAGGUGUGACAGAAAGGAGUUUCUCGCUGUUUGUAACUGACUCUAGUCUGCAAGGUGAACAGAGUCCAGCAAGUCACAGCAGAAUUGUCAGAGUGUAUCUCAGCUCCUCCUGUCUGCUCACUCCCUCUGUGACCGAGGCUCUAGCUUCCUCAUCAUCAUCUUCCUCACUCCUGCGUCUGUCUUUUAGAGAUGCAGAGAAAGUCAAUGGUCAGAUUUUCUGUUGGGAACAGUCCGUAGUCCAGCUGGAGCCGCCGGAACCCUCAGAUCAGCACCUCUCUCUAACACACCCUCUAACAGUGGACCAGCUCUGCCCAGAAACCACCCCUGAUUCACUCUGCUCUCUGAUUGGUGUGGUUGUUGGAGCAGAUGAAGACACUGCCCUAUCCUGGCCCUCAUGCAGUCACUGUGGAAGUGAGCAGUUAGAGAAAGAAGAGAAGAGGCAGGUGUUCGUCUGUUCACUGUGUGGAGCUGUGAUGCACAGACCUGCCAUGAAGAUGCAACUGGAGGUGUAUUUAAACUGUCCCUCACUGACCAACUGCACCAUCAAACUCAAGCUGCAGCAGAAAACCAUCGAGUCUCUCCUGACCACCGCAAACUCUGACCAGGGUUAUGAUGUUGAGAGUGUGCUUGGGAAGGUGAUUGGACCAGUGUGCGCCUACGUCCAUGUGGUCAGCCGAAGUCCAGCUGUGUGGAUGAGCCUGGAGGAGACCACUGUCUGA